CCAGUAAUCCCAAUCAGUUCAUGAUCAGUCGACUAUAGUUGUCAGCCAUUGGACGCUCGGCCCUGAGCGUGAGCGUGUUCCCUGCACUCGACCCUAAGAUUUUUCGCUCCCCAACAAUAAAAACCAGCGCGUAAACGCCGCGUUACGUCACCACCGGUGAGCCCGCUCUCUACCGGCACAAUGUUGACACUAAUCCUGUUGACCAUGAUUUCGUGCGCGUUGCGAGCAACUUCAAGCCGGUUUUUCACCCGAAAAGUGACUUUCCUCGCUCCAAUCGUUUGCAGUCUUCCGAUCUCUCAAGCCCUAAGCUCAGCCGUCAUGGACAAUUUCAAAAGUUUGGAAGUCGUUCCUGAUGUCAUCGAUUCCUUACCCAAAGAACCUGCCGAGGUUUCAUACCCCAGUGGUGUGAAAGUGGAAUUCGGCAAUGAAUUAACACCAACUAAGGUCAAAGACAUUCCAACAGUUAAAUGGAAUGCAGAAUCUGACGCUUACUACACCCUCUGCAUGACAGAUCCCGAUGCCCCAAGCCGAAAGGACCCCAAGUACCGUGAAUGGCAUCACUGGCUUGUUGGAAAUAUCAAAGGUAAUGAUGUAUCCUCUGGAGAAACACUGUCAGCCUAUGUUGGAUCUGGCCCUCCACAAGGAACCGACCUUCAUCGCUAUGUCUUCUUGGUCUACAAACAACCAGGAAAAUUAACUUUUGAUGAACCCCGUCUUCCUAAUACAUCCGGUGACAACCGUGGGAAGUUCUCCAUCAAGAACUUUGCAACCAAGUACAAGCUGGAAGGCCCCGUGGCAGGCAAUUUCUACCAAGCUGCAUGGGACGAAUAUGUUCCAAUUCUGUACAAACAACUCGGGGCUUAAUUUCUUUUCUAAUGGCUACAAAGCUCACCUUUUCACCCCGCCAGUUUUCUCAGAAAGCAACCGUACCACCGCUUGUAGUAACAAGUUCUAGAGCACUGUCUGUCUCAUUAUAUUCUGUGCAGUUAAUCUAAUCUUCCUUUAAAAUGGUGAGAAAGCCUGAAAGAUUCUCUUUUUACUGGAACAUGAAGUGUAUCCAAAGGAUUGCCUAAUAGAUGAAAACAAAUUAAUUCACAAAGUUUAUGUCCUCUGUUAGAAACUUCUUAUGGGAACUGAAAUUUAAAAGUAUUUUAUCUUAGUUUUAUCAUGUUUUUAAGUAGGUUGUUUGGAUAUUCAAUUCUGGUUAUUUAGUUUUUAAAAUGCUUUUUAAAAUUUAAGCAGUGCUCAGACCCAUUUUAAACUCAUCUUGUGGGCCCCACAUAUCUUUUUAAGAUCAAAGAUUUUGAACUAACUUUAUAUCUUCCACUCAUUUUCAGGAUACUCAUCUCAUGAUUUUUAAUCCAUAAUGUUUUUAAAGUGUACACUGUACUCAGAUUUAGCAAUUUUGUAUCCCCCUCCUCUGAAAAUGUACCCACAGGAGCAUAUUUUUAAGUCUGAUUUUGUCUGAACAAUCAUUGAUUGAAUAUAUUUUUAAUUUUAUAGCAUU